AUGGCAGUGGCCAUGGAUGCGGGCCUGGGGGCUGGCCUGAGCAAAGCCGCCGACGAGGACAGAGACCUGCAGGCACUGUUCCAGGAACUCUGCCAACUCCAGGCCAAGCAAAAGAGGUUGAAGAGAAAGGUCGAGAAGCACAAGCGAUUUGAAGAUUUUCUGAUCAAAGUCGUUGAGAAAAUCCCCAAGGGCUCCAAGGACUGGGAGGAGCCGGAGGAGGCCCUGGUGGAGGCCAUGGUAGAGCACUACGGGAGGCUCUUCACAGCCAGCCAAGACGCCCAGAAGCACCUAGAAGCCCUCUCCAGGAUGAGCCAGGCUGUCCGCCAGAGCCUGGAGUCUCUAGAGGAGGGUCACAGGUCUCUUGUCCCGAGACUCAAGAUCCGUCUGUGUCAGCUGCAGAAGAAGUGUCACCGCAAUGAGGAGCGGCAGCGGCGGCAGGUGGAACACAGCAUCACCUACCAGAAAGGCACAGUCAGCCACAGUAGCCUGCUGCUCAACUACGUGCAGAUGGCCAUCGACAGCAUGGCCCAGCAGUGCUGCCCCUUUGCCCACAGCCUGCCCGAGAACAUGGGACUCUUCUCCAAGCUCGACCUGAUUCAGGAAUUUAUCCUGGACAAAAUGGAGAUCAUGAGACUUAUAUCGCUGCUCACGGGACCCAGAGUGUGCUGGGCAGAGAAGAGCCUCAAGGACCAGGGCCUCAGAAGAUGGCCCAGAUCCUGCAGGAAAUGUCCGAGCAGCUAG